AUGAAAGCUUUCCAAAAUUUGCGGAAUACAUUAUCAUCAUCACAAGCGCAAUCAUCGGACAAUAGAGCAUCAAACAACGAAGAUCAAAUUGUUGGCAGUGACAAUAUAAAGCAAAGGAAGCAAUCAUCUUUCAACAAAUUUUCACCGUCAUCGCAGUUCAAAACAUCUGUAGGAAAAUCUAAUAGCAUAACGAAAGACGAAAAGCAUCCUAUUAAUCGAAAGGUGAAAAAGGCGAUGACACAAUCAAGAGCUUGUUUGGUGACAAGACACGGGAAAAGCGUGACCUCACCAAAAGUUCAAAUUUCACGAAUACAAAACAAUCUGGGAUUUCCGUGUGAACUACCAGAUGAUCUCGUUGUCGACGUAAACAUACAAGCAAAGUUCGAUCAGAGAGACAAAAAAGUGAGGGUAGGCGUUGCUAUAACCAAAUCUCUGCUCAUUCUUAGAGUAGAGGAAUAUUCAAUAUUUUAUGGAAUGUUGAAAAUCUGCGAUUUCUUAACACAUAUUGAAGAUGAGCCAAUUACCAGUAAAAGAGAAUUCUACGAUAAGCUGAAAUUAUUGCGAGAUGUUGGCAAGGAGUUUAAUUUGCGGUUGCGAAGACCGUUGUGGAAUACGCCAGCUACUAGAUUACCAAAAGGAUAUGAUCGUGCACCAGGAUAUAGUUAUAUUCGCGGUUUGAUGAUCCUUUAUCCAGGCGGUAAUCUGGGAAUGAAUGUUAAAUCAUAUAACAGCAAAGUAUAUGUAACGAGUAUAGAUCAAAUGAGCAUAGCAUCAGCCGCUUGUUUGAUGGGUGACUGUAUUGUAGACGUAGAUGGUACACCAGUUACGUCAACUGUAUCAUGCGGUGAACGAGUCAUUUCAGGACUCAAACACCGUAAAUUUGUGCUGAUGACAAUUGAAAGAGCGAUAGAUGUGCAAGCUAUACGAGUGGUUAAAUUUGUACUACUUGUCGAAAAAGUCCCUGAAAAGGAUCCCAGGAUGGCACAAGACACUACUAAGAUUGGUUUGAAUGAAGCACAAAAGAUUCGGCAAAAUGCUCUGCCAGGAACAUUGAAAGGCAUUUAUCGCGGAAAGCAUGGAUAUGGCCAAAAACGUCUGGUAAUCCACGAGAUGUCGAUGUUCACUCCAAUUGGUGCAGAUCCGUUUAAUCCACUGCUUAUGCAAGCAGUACCACCAAAAAAGAUGGACAUCAUGCAUGCUAGUAAAUCGAGUCAAGGGAAUAUUUCGACACCCCUGCAGCGACCGAAGGAAUAA